CUGAGCAACACCAUGCUUUGGAAUAUUAUUCUCUUGGCGUCUAUUGCUUUCCAGACCACAGAGGCACUCUCUACACCCACAUCCAUGACGUCAUCUACCCGACGUCUUCUACCCACCACAACUACCCCACCCCCCACCACUACUAUCCGAAACCGCCAGCUCACCACCAACCUUCUCACCACCACCACCGUCUCCACCACCUUCUCCGACAUUACCACCUCUCCUCUUCCGCUGCGCCUGAAACUCCAGGCGGCCCCGGACUACCCAGUGACAGAGGGGCAGGUUGUGGUACUGCAGUGUCUGGUCCAUAGCGGCUCAGUUGUGGGUUUGAUUUCCUGGCAGUGGGUUCGAUAUAGCGACAAUUUCUGA